UCUCCUGUCCACCACAUCUGGACAUGGAAGACCUGGACCCAGAGAAACGAACUCCAUAGGAAUCACCAUGAUCUUCACUUCUUGUAUCCUGAGGGGGUCUAGAUAGGCAACCAGACAGUUUUUUCUCUCUAUCAUCCUCUACACAGAUAGACACCAUGAAUGCAUGAACUUGAAAUAUGAACUUGAAUUACAUAAUGCCAAGCUAUAAACUCACAUAUUUUAAUAUGAGGGGGAGAGCUGAAAUCAUUCGUUACAUAUUUGCAUAUUUGGAUAUAAAAUAUGAUGACCACAGAAUAGAAUACGCUGAUUGGCCUGAAGUCAAACCAACUCUUCCAUUUGCCAAAAUCCCCAUUUUGGAAGUCGAUGGAGUUUAUCUUCACCAGAGCCUAGCAAUAGCAAGAUACUUGACCAAAAACACAGAUUUGGCUGGGAAAACAGAACUGGAGCAGUGCCAGGUCGAUGCCGUUGUGGACACACUGGACGAUUUCAUGUCACGGUUUCCCUGGGCUGAGAAAAAACAAGAUGUAAAAGAGCAGAUGUUUAAUGAGCUCCUUACAUGUGAAGCACCUCAUCUUCUGCAAUAUUUGGACACAUACUUGGGGGAAAAAGAGUGGUUCAUUGGUAAUUCUGUAACUUGGGCAGAUUUCUACUGGGAAAUCUGCAGUACUACACUUUUGGUCUUUAGACCUGACUUGCUGGAUGUCCAUCCCAGGCUGGUGGCAUUACGGAAGAAAGUCCAAGCCAUUCCUGCCAUUGCUGACUGGAUACAACGAAGGCCCCUAACCAGACUGUAGGAGACGCCCGCUGCCUCCACUUGGUUGUUCCUUACAGCUUUGCUGCCCUCAGAUAAGAAGCUGCAUGAGCCUGCCUCAGAGGCACACACUGCACCCCCACCAAGGCUUUCACCUCUGCCAUAUUCUGCUUGAAAAGAAAAAAAAAGAGCAGUUAGUUGCCAGUAUCUUUUUUUUUCCUUCCUAGAAUAGUUUCACAUCAUUUACAACUGAGGAAAAUUAGUUUAAACCAGGCCUUGCUUUGCACAGGUUCUCACAUGCAUAAAUUUCAGUCACAAUAGCUUAUUAAAUAACAUAUUCCCCCCCAAAAUGGUUUGGACUUCAGUUACCAUGGUGUAUUAACAGUGGGUAAUUGCAUCAAGUAUAAACUUUGCUGCUAGCUAUUCAGUCCACAAAUCACUAUGUAAAUAAGGUGCACAGCAUGACCAUGACCGCUGAAGUCACUUCUUUCAAAGUCUGCUGUUAGGACUGGGCACUGCACACCUGUUUGUUAUUCACGCACCAACAGUCAAGUGUGCAGCAGCACUGCCUGCGUGCUUCUCAGUGACAAAGCAUCUUGACAUUUUAUGCAAAUGAGUAAUUGAAAAAGGGAACUCACCAACAAAGAUGAAAGUGCAAAAAAGAAAUGAAAAGUGCUAAUAAUGGGGUGAAAUUCAAAUUGAACAUAAAUGGAAAGAGCUGUGAGAAUGCUGACACGGAUGCAGGUCAACGGCCUCCAGACUCUAGCUGUGCAGCUGGCAGAACUGGGCGAGGCACACUUACCAACACAGAGGAGGACAGUGCUUGAGACAUGGACAAAGACAUCCCAGGGAAAGUGAGACGGGUAUAAAACUUCGUAUUAAAAGAAUGAGAAGAUACGCCACAGAUUGGGUGAAAAUAUUUGUAAGACCUAUCCUAUGAUAAAGGACUAUUAUCCAAAAAUAUACAAAGAGCUCUUAAAAGUCAACAAUAAAAUGAAUAAUCCAAAUACAAAAAGGACAAAACACCCGAGCAGACACCUCACCAAAGAUAUAGAUGGCAAAUAAACACGUGAAAAGAUGUUCAAUAUCAUGUAUUACUGGGGAAUUGCAAACAAAAGUGAGAUACCAUACAUACCUGUUAGAAUGGCAAAAAUUCAGAACACCGCCACCACUGAAUGCUGACAAAGAUGCAGAACAGGAAGUUUUACUCACUGCUGAUUCGAUUGCAAAAUGGUAGAGAUUGCUUGUCAGUUUCUUACAAAACUGAACAUACUCUUUCCACAGGAUCCAGAAAUUGCACUAUUUGAUAUUACUCAAAAAGGAAUUGAAAAAAUGUCCACCUAAAUACCUGCAUGUAGAUUUUGAUGGCAGCUUUAUUAUAAUUCCCAAACUUGGAAGCAAACCAAGACACCCUCAAGUGGGUGAGUAGGUAAGUAAAUGUGCCACAUCAAAGAAAUAUUAUCUACUUA